UGCCUGCUUCUGCCUAAGGUAUUCAGGCAUAUCUUUCUACUUUAAUAUCUACCUUGAUAUCAAUUCAAACAACACGACUUUACGAUAUAAUGUACCUUUUUAAUAUCUUCGAAAUCAUUCUUCUUUUCGCUUCCAUAAUUGGGGCUGUUCCCACAGGGGUAGCUCAAGGGACCACAUGGCCCCUCUCCAGUUUGGCGGCAGCAAAGUUGAACAAUACCAAUGCCAAGUAUGAAGACUUGGUCUCGCAUGCUCUUUCUACCGCAAAGGAUAAAGUUCCUUUUUCGGAACAGUGCACACCAGAAAAUCUGAUUGUUCGUAAAGAAUGGGGAGAUCUCACGAGGGAGGAACAGAUUGACUACACCAAUGCAGUUGUUUGCUUUCAACACAAGACCGCAAACACGCCGUCACAUCUUGUCCCCGGCGCCAAGAGCAGGUACGACGACUUCGUCGCAUCUCAUAUCAAUCAGACAUUUUUCAUUCACUUCUCAGCCACCUUCUUGAGCUGGCAUAGAUUCAUGAUGUGGGAAUAUGAAGAGGCUCUGAGGAAUGAAUGCGGCUAUAAAGGCUACCAACCGUACUGGGACUGGACUAAGACCGCGGCCAGCGGUAGUCUUGAGACAUCCGCCAUCUUUGACGGCAGUGAGACCUCACUCUCUGGCAAUGGCGCACCCAUCGCCAACCAGGGUUAUGUCAACAUCAGCUCGUCAGAUGUGCCAGUUAUCCUUCCUCACGGGACUGGGGGUGGUUGUGUUACCAGUGGACCGUUUGUGAACUACACUGUCAAUCUUGGUCCAUUGUCGCUUUCUAUUACCAACGGAAGCUCGAUUGGCAGCCUCAAGGACCAGUUCGCUUGGAAUCCACGUUGUUUGAAGAGGGACUUGACGAAUGAAGUCAACCAGAGGUUCGCGAACAAGACGAGCGUCGAGGAUCUUUUGCUCAAGACGCAUGAUGUGUAUGACUUCCAGAUGACGAUGCAAGGCUACCCCAACAGUGGAGAGUUGGGAGUUCAUGGCGGUGGCCACUACAGUAUGGGCGGCGACCCAGGCCGUGACUUCCUGGUCUCACCCGGCGACCCCGCCUUCUAUCUGCACCACAGCAACAUCGACCGCACCUGGUGGAUGUGGCAAAUGAUGGACCCGGCGGAGCGAUUAUCAGGCCCCAAGGCGUUGAUGGGUACGCGCACGCUGCUCAACAGCCCACCCUCACCCAACGCAACGUACGAGGAUGUCUUGACUAUGGGCUAUGCGGGCACGCAUGGCGACCUUCAGAUCAAGGACGUCAUGAGCACGACUGCGGGGCCUUUCUGCUAUGUCUAUGUUUGAAAGGAAACUGGGUUUUUGGCGUGGCUCUUGAGGUGUGAUGGUUUUAUUUCUGCUAGGGGUGUGGUGGCUAUGACAUUGUACGAUUAUCUCUGUUUCGGGGCUACAAUACUCAUAAUUUCGGCG